AUGAAUAAUACCAAAAGGAAUUGUAAAGAAUGGAAUGUUGAUGCAUCGAUUGUGUCAAAAAGAACAAUAAAUCCUAUUCGUGAAGUUGUUUUCAAUUUACAGAGUACUCCAAAUCCCAAUAAAGAAUAUAUUUCAUUGGCAUUAGGUGAUCCUACUUAUUAUGGAAACUUUAAGAUAGAUGAUAACUGUGUUGAAGCUGUUAUCAAACAAUUAAGAUCUUUUAAAGCAAAUGGUUAUCCACCCGCUGAUAUUGUUAUAGCUAGCGGUGCAUCUGAUGCAUUGAAUAUCACAAUUGGAGCAUUAUGCAAUGAAGCGGAUUUAAAUCAGUUGGUUGAAUUGAUUGAUGAGAAUACAGCUUGUAUUCUAAUAAAUAAUCCUUCAAAUCCAUGUGGGUCUAAUUUCUCUCAAGAACAUUUAGAGGCCAUCCUAUCAAUCUGUGAAACUUACAAAUUACCAAUAAUUAGUGAUGAAAUCUAUGAAGACAUGGUAUUCAACAGUUCAAAAUUUUAUCCAAUAGCUAAUUUAACAACAACUGUACCAGUCCUAAAAAUUAGUGGUCUGGCAAAAAGGUUCCUGGUGCCAGGUUGGAGAGUUGGUUGGGUAUUUAUACAUGACCGUAAUGAUGUAUUGAAAAAUGUUCGUAGUGGAUUGAAUUCGUUAGCAAAUUUAAUAUUGGGUGCUAAUUCUUUGAUGCAACAUGCUUUGCCUGAUAUGUUGAAAAAUACUCCAGAAUCUUUUUAUCAAACAACCAUUACCCAGCUUGAAGAAAAUGCUAGGCUCAGUGCUGAGAUUCUGGCAAAAAUUCCCGGUUUAAAUGUUAUCAUACCUGAAGGUGCUAUGUAUAUAAUGUUUGGUAUUAAUUUUAAUCAAUUCAAAGAUUUUAAGAAUGAUGUGGAUUUCACUGAGAAAUUAGUGCAAGAAGAAUCUGUACUUUGCUUGCCAGGAACGUGUUUUAACUAUCCUAAUUACAUAAGAAUCGUAAUUACAGCACCUCCUGAAAAAUUAAGAGAAGCUUACACUCGUAUCAAAGAAUUUUGUGACAGACAUCAUAAAUGA